ACGAACGUUGCACUAAAUCUCGUUCCGCAUAAAUCUCAUUCCGUAUUUAGUGGGACGUUGGUAGUAGUUGGUGGGGGAAACAAGUAGCAGGCCUGGAAGUCUGGAACCCCAUCGCAUCAACUGUAGAGUCUUCGUCUUCGUCUUCGUCUUCCGCGUUACAUAAAAGCUGAAACUAAUGAUUCCACUUUCCUUCCCUUCAUCUUCAUCUACAUCUACAUCUACAUCUACGACCUCACUUCAUAUGCUGACUACUCACUCCAGAGGCGUAUAGGAUUACUCAUGGCUUGAUCGUUGGUUGCCUGGCUCUAUUCAUCUAAACAAAAGACUGAUUUGAUCCGAGAUCAAGAAAAUGGGAAACCUGGAGAGUUUUAUCAAGAGUUUUAUGGAGUAUUUAGCCACUGAAACAGAUGACGAGGAAAAAAAUGGCUUUCCUUCACUGAAUUCCUACAACUUGAAGUCUCCUGAGAAAGCUCGUGGGCACAACUUUCUUGGUUCUCCUAAUUAUGAAUGGCAGAACCGGAGUCGCUCCGAUCAGAUGAAAUAUCUAACCGUUACUGUGCCCGAACAUAGGCGCUCUUCAUCACUUGCUAGCACAAGUGUGCAAGACAAGCUCAAAAGUUCAGCUGCUAUUGUCAAAUUAAAGGCAGAGGGUAGAUGGAUGAAGCAUUACAGCAGCUGCCACCGGAUUCUUCUGGUGGGGGAGGGAGAUUUCUCCUUCUCUGCUUGCUUGGCGUCGGCUUUUGGUAGGGCGUCUAACAUGGUGGCCACGUCUCUUGAUUCUCAAGCAUUUGUCGUGAAGAAUUAUAGGAGUGGGUUAUACAAUCUAGUGGAAUUAAGUAAGAGGAAGUGCAAGGUGAUGCACGAGGUUGACGCAACCCAAAUGGCUACUCAUCAUCUCCUCUCCGGAAUGAAAUUCGACCGCAUCGUCUUCAACUUUCCUUUCGCCGGAUUUUUCAAGGAAUUGCCGCGCCAAGCUCAGAUCCGACUUCAUAGAAGGCUGGUGAGCGGGUUCAUGGAGAAUGCCAAGGAAAUGUUGAGUGAAAAUGGUGAGAUUCACAUAACUCAUAAGAGCAAUGGAUUCCACAAGGAAUGGAAGUUGGAGGCCUUGGGUGGGCUGCAUCGGCUUAUGCUUAUAGAAGCAGUGGAUUUUGAUAAAGUGGAGUGGGCUGGCUACAACACCAAGUGCGGAUUUGGGGGCGACAACAACUUCAAUUGCAACCCUAGCAUCACCUACAAAUUUCGACUUUAAUCUCUUCUCUUUUGCCUUCUAAUAAUGCAUCUCUCUCUACCAAAUGCUCCAUCUAAAGUAUAUAAUCUUGAGGAACUUGCUUUUGCACUAGUCCAAAUAUUUAUUUCCAAGUAUUAACUGUGUUACUGUCUCUCUAAACAUUAAACUCUUCUUUAA